UAUCUGAGGACAUCCUAUUACAGGUCAUGUCUGAACAAACUCUCAAGAACUUGAUGAACUAACAAGAAGUUGACAUUAACCAAUUUAGAAAGCAGCUUUCUCAAUCUAUAUGGCACUAGUAUCAAACUGGCGACCUCCAUGCAAGACUAAGCUUUGAAAAAUAUUAUGACAAUAUUUGAAAACUAAACUUUCUGGAAUGUCUAAUAAAAGUCCAAGAUUGUAUGGCAGUUAAUCACAUGGGCUGUGUAAAGUCUUUUCUGUUCAAAUGUGUAUCCCAUAGAAGCAAGAGAUAGACAAUGAUUUUGAUGGAAUCAGUCAAAUAGCCCGUAAAUGUUGUUUUGAAUAUCCUGUUAACGUUUUUGAGGCUGCAUGAUUAAAAAAACAAUUUUUGACUGUGACUUGAACACAUGUUGAAGUGACCCAUAAUGGAAUGUCCUAAGCAAGAACUUAGGUCUUACUUUAAUGAGAUUGACACUUCACCUUUGUCCCGUGGACCUCACUUAAGUCAUUGUGUACCAAGUUAUUUCUUACCACUGGUAGGCCUGAUGGCUUGAACUUGAGGAGGCAUUGGAAUAACCCGCCCUGUUGCUGUGUGAGUGGACUGGUCUAUACAGAUGACUUCUCCUCUCAGGGGGUGGCUGAUCUUCUCCUUGAUACCCUUCUUAUGUUGGUCAGCUUUCUUGGGAUGACAGCCAAUAUCAUGGUGAAGCUGCGCAUCAUAGCCUGUGACCUUUAGGUAUGUUGCUGGGUCACAGUGAACAGAUGCCUUGCUAACCACUUGAAAUGGCCUGUCUGGAUGUUGCUGUGGUCCUUUACUUUAGGUUUCAGAUACCUGCCGGUUUGUCUUACCUAUAGACAUGACAGUGGCAACUGUUGAGGCAAGGGCAUUAAAUGACUCUGAAAGUCCAGUUUUCACCCUUGAGGAACUAGGAUUAAAUUUCUGGGCUUGAUUGUAGUGCCAUCAGAGGUUAUUAUGAGAUAUGUCCCUUUUGUGCCCCUCCUAUUGACCAAUCAGAUUCCACCUCUCCUAUCACUUACAUUUGCUUCAAACAAAAUAGCAGUGCAAGUCAAGACAAGCUGAACGAUAAUCAGAUCUCUAUUGUAAUAAAACAGGUUUUACUUUGCGAAGAGUAUCACAUCAUGUGAGUACCUUGAUUAAAAACAUGAAAACGUUUGGGAAAUAUUUAUUGACACCGAGUUGGCGAUACACAUGAUUUUUAAAUCCUGCAAUCUGACCCGGAUGUCUAUUUCGUUACAUGAGUUUGAUUGGACUAUACAUAGACUCAUUAGUCCAAUCAAAAUAUAACUCCAUAAUUCCGGCCUAGUUUGGCAGGGGUGGAAACUGGACUUUUAUAGUCAACUCCCUUGCCUUGGGAAGAUGUGACAGUGGGAGUUGGUGGCAUGAGGUAGAUUGGGAUCUGCAAGGGACUGGCCAUCAGACCCUGAGACAGCCUCAUCAAAGACAAGCCUACUGUAGAUUCUCUGGUGUUCCUGUGCGAGUGAGAAAGACAGGAAAUACAUUCAGAUCCCCCUCAGGGGAGUUCCCCAUGCUGAAGCAUAAAGGCAUCACAGAGACUAAAGUUGCAGAGAUAUUCAGUUUUCUACGUAAAAAGAACUGGGGCUCAGAUUUUGAACUGACCAACAAACAGAGUGCUGAUGUUAUAGCCUUCUCCUCACUAUUGGAAGAAAAACUACUGCCUGCUGUUUUGCACCUGUGGUGGAUAGAUGGUAAGACAUUCACAGACUUUACACGGCCAUGGUAUGCUAGAAUCAUCCCAUUCCCACUGAACUUCUAUGUGCCUGGGCGGAAACAGAAAGAUGCAAACCUUCGCGUCUUCCUUUCUAAAGGAGGGGAGAAUGUCACUGACAGUGAGGUUGAGGGGAAGAUUUACAGAGAUGCCAAAGAGUGUCUUAACCACUUGUCGUACAAGCUUGGUAGUCAGGAGUUUUUCUUUGGGAAGACACCCUCAUCGCUGGAUGCUCUCGUGUUUGGCUAUCUGGCCCCGAUACUGAAGGCACCACUGCCCAACAACCAAAUACAGAACCACCUAAAAGGCUGUGACAAUCUGUGCAGUCUUGUCAACAAGAUACUGCAGAGAUAUUUCCCUCCAGAUCCAGAAGAGCAAGAAGCAAAGCGAAAGAAAGAAGCAGAAGAGAAACGUCGCAACACCAACUCUGAUGCUGCAGAGUUCCCCAACAAGAGAAGGAACAUGGUUCUAGCAGCAGUCUUUGCACUGACCACAAUGGUGGGAUAUGCAUUCAUGAGUGGACUCAUACGAUUGGACUUUGCGGAAGAAAAGACAGACCCUCAACAAAAUCAGACCAAACCCCCCGACUUCCAGGCAUUUGACCAGAUGUUUGAAGAUGAAGGAGAUAACGAGGAGGAGUAACCUCUAAAUGUGGCAAAAAGCAAUGUAUCCGUGUAUGGAACAGUGACAAUAGAUGGAUGCUGAUUAAGAGCAUGCCUUUGGGUGAUAGCUUGAACAAUAUUAUACAAAGUCCUAGCUGUCAUGUGAGCCAGUGUGUUAUUUAACUGACCCCAGUUGGGGGACCAUAAUUUAGGUCACAGUAUCUUGUGUCAGUUCACACAGUCUGGUUGUGGUACAACAAGGAGGUAGAUCUCAAAAAGAACUGUAGUGAUUGUGGCAACAGAUUUAAGCUCUGUAUAUAUGUUUGAAGAGAUGCAUGGUACAUCCUUUAAGUAUAGUCUAUGCUUCACUAUGGGUGCUGGGCAUGUAGAUGUGUGGAAAUGUCUGAUUGAGAUAUCCCCAGGAUCUGCAUGUUGUGUACACUUUGCAAAUUACACAGAUAUGUUGCAUAAAUAUUUUCUCUGGAAA